AAAUUCUACAUUGUGUAAAAUAAAAAGUUUGAUAAAUAAAAUAACAGCAUUAUAUAUUUUUACUUAUUGAAUAUGGAUGACAAGUGUGUAGAAAAUAAUACUGAUAAUAAAAUAAAUCACAAUGAUGAUAAAAACGAUGAAAUCCAUUCAUCAAAAAUGCAAAAUUACACAAAUCAAGGACCAGGUGGUGACGCCCAACAUGAGGAUAUUAUUAAUGAAAUUAUUGUUGAUAAGCCAUUUAAUAUUUAUCAUAAUUCAACAACAAAAUUACGUGCUGAAGCACCACCAUUUACUCCAACAAGUAAAUUAAAUUUGGAAAAUUUAAAAUUUCAAAAUGUCGAUGAUAAUAUUAAACAAGAAUAUUGCUUUGUAAAUGUUGAUCUUGUUUUACCAGAAGAUGAAUUAAAAUCAGAUAUUAAAACAAGUAAUAUUCAGGAAAAAUAUAUGAAUUUAAAUAAUAAAAAUAUUGAAGAACCAUUUACACAAAUUGAGAUAGAAGAAAAUGCUGAAGAGCUUGUUCCUGAAACAAUUUUACCAAUGACGACAGAUCAAACAGCUGUUGUUGAAAUUCAAAGAAAUCCAAGACAAUUUUUGCCAAGAUUUUUCUUUGAUAAUAAAACAGAGUCAGCUGGUGUUGUUGCUGCUAUUUUUAUAUGUAUUUUUUUAAUAAGCUACGUUCUUCCUUGAAAAAAAGAAAAUUGCAUUUUUUUUUUCUUCUCAGUUUGUAAUUUUAUUAAUGUUUAAAAUAUCUUUGGUAUUUUUCCAAGUUUUUCAUUUUUUUUUUUUUUUUGAAUUGAAGUAAAUAAUGAUUGAGUUAAUUAAUUUAAAAAAAUAUAUAUAUUAUGCAAAAGUUGUUUUUAAUUAUAAAGAAAAAAUAAUGAAAAUCAAUGUUAAUUGUUAGUUUUAAA